AGGUGGCUGUGCUGGACCGCGCGGCGCCUUGCGGUGGGAGUGUCUCCGGCCAGUCUGCAGGAAGGACACACACUGAAACUUUAUACCCUGGCGCUGGUAUCAUGGAAUCAGUCACCUUAGAGGAUGUGGCGAUGGAGCUGAUCCAGGAGUGGACGUUGCUGGACGAUGCUGGGAGGAACCUGUGCAGACACGUGCUGCAGGACAACUGCAGGACCCCAGCGGCCAGGGGGACUCCACCAUGCAAAGCCAGUCUUGUCUCCCAGGUGGAGCCAAGAGAAGAGCUGAAAGCAGCAGAGCACGGUGUUCUCUAUGCCACGGGUGUGGACUGGGAAUCUCAAUUGACACCGAAAGAGCCUACUCCUCUGCAGGAUAUUUCAGAGGAAAACUCAUCCUAUGAUUUCCAAAUGGGGCCAGAGCUGGACCUGAAGAUAGAGAUCAAGUCUGAGAUGGAAGAGGAGGUGAUGCCUCCGGCUCCAGAGGACUGGUCAGCUCUCCAGCAGUCUUCUGAAUAUGCAGGGCUGAAGGUGGCUGUGCAGAUGCAGAGGGUGGCCACGCCGGAGCCUGCGCUGGGCCUCCCCAGACUGUGGAGGGCUGGGGGUGCUGCUCUGUCCGCUCAGAGCCCUGCCUGGCUCCAGAAGCGGAGCACAGAAGAAGAAGCCAUGACUCCUGGGGGACUGACCACCUGUCCACAGGAGCCAGUCACCUUCGCAGAUGUGGCCGUGCUGUUCACACCGGAAGAAUGGCUGUUUCUAGACUCUUCCCAGAAAAGCCUCUACAGAGAUGUGAUGCUGGAGAACUACAGGAACCUGGCCUCUGUGGGUGAUCAACUCUGCAAAACCAGGAUGUCUUCCCGUUUGGAGCAAAGAGAAGAGCUCUGCGUCACCGAGAGAGGGAUCUUCCCAGGAGCCCACUUAGGUCCUCAUCUUCAAUACCAAGACUCAAUUCCUAAUCAAGAUAUUUUGGCGGCAAUUCCAUCCAUUGGCAUGAAAAGGGAGCCACCUCAGGUCGGAGAAAACCUCUAUAAAUAUGAUGAGCUUGGGAAGCCCUUUGACAGCAUCAAACCGCUUUUUCAGUACCCGCAAUUUCCUACUGAGGGAAACCCGUUUGAAGGUCGAGAGAGCCGAAAAUCCUUCCUCCGGACCACCCGCCUCAUCGUGCCUGAGAAGGUCCCUAGCGGGGAUAAAACCUACACGUGCGACAAAUGUGCAAGAUCCUUCAGGUACAGCUCUGAGCUCAUCCGUCACGAGAAGACGCACACCGCGGAGAAGUGCUUCGAGUGUCAGGAGUGCCGGCAGGCCUUCAAGUACUUCUCCAACUUGCGGCGCCACCUGAAGACCCACGGCGGCGAGAAGCCCUUCGAGUGCAGCCAGUGUGGGAAGACCUUCACGAGGAACUUCAACCUGAUCCUGCACCAGAGGAACCACAUGGGUGAGAAGCCCUACUCAUGCAAGGACUGUGGGAAGGCUUUCACCCAGCCAUCCUCCCUGAGGAGCCACAUGAGGACCCACACCGGAGAGAAGCCCUUCGAAUGCUGCCACUGUGGGAAGACCUUCCGGGAGCACUCGUCGCUGAAGACGCACGUGCGGACCCACACCAGAGAGAAGCCCUACCAGUGCAACCACUGCGGGAAGCCCUUCCGCACGAGCACCAACCUGAACGUGCACAAGAGGAUCCACACUGGUGAGAAGCUGUACGAGUGCGCCACCUGCGGGCAGGUCCUGAGUCGGCUCUCCACCCUCAAGAGUCACAUGCGGAUCCACACCGGCGAGAAGCCCUACCCGUGCCCGGAGUGCGGGCGAGCCUUCGGGGAGCCCUCCUCCCUCAGGAAACACGCGAGGACCCACACCGGCAAGAAGCCCUACGUCUGCCCGCAGUGCGGGCGAGCCUUCGGCCAGUCCUCGCACCUCAUCGUCCACGUGAGAACCCACACCACAGGGAGACCCUACGAAUGCACUCAGUGUGACAAAGCCUUCCGACACAGCUCUUCACUCAGCGUACACAAGAGGAUUCACGCCAGGGGAGAAAACGUCAGGAGUGGCGACCUGCCUUUACCUGUGUCUCUUCCCAUGGAAGGGCCCCUUGCUGAUUAACUUCCUGUUUCUACAGACUCAGCAUCUGGGGACGUAAUCAUCUCUCACAGUACUCCUUUAGCGACAUCCUAUAUGGUGGCUCAGUGGUGAAGAAUCGCCUGCCAGUGUAGGAGAGGAGGGGUGUAUCCCUGGGUUGGGAGGAUCCCCUGGAGAAGGAAAUGGCAAUCCACUCCAGUAUUCUUGCCUGGGAAAUCCCAGGGAUCCUGGUGGGCCGCAGUCCCUGGGGUCACAAAGACUCAGACAUGACUGAGCACGUGCACACACACACAUAACACACCACAAGCAGAGUGUGUGAUCUUUAUGUUGUUGAAUGUUAAGUAUUUGUGAAGAUUUGCUUUUAGGGCUAGGGCUUCCCUGAUGGCUCAGGCGGUAAAGCGUCUGCCUGCACUGCGGGAGACCUGGGUUCAGUCCCUGGGUUGGGAAGAUCCCCUGGAGAAGGAAACAGCAACCCACUCCAGUACUCUUGCCUGGAAAAUGGCAUGUCUUGGUAGUUGCCUGCCAAAACUUCCCCUUCUUACCUGCAAAAUCACCUAGGUUUUAUUUGUUCAGAUUGGGACUAUGCAAUGUAUAUAUAUAUUUUGUGGCUUAAAGCAAGAGAAUUUUAUUCUCAUACUUCUGGAGGGCAGAAGUUGAAAUCAAGGUGUCUGCAGGGCCACGUUCCCUCUAAAGUCUCUAGGAGAGGAGGCUUCUUUGCCUCUUCCCACUUUUGGUGGCCCCAGGUGUGCCUUGCCUUGUGGCAGCAUCGUCCCCAUCGCUGCCUCCAUCUUCAAAUGGCCUUCUCCUCUGUGUGUCUGUGUCCUCUCCUGUGUCUUCUAAGUGUCUCUUAUAAGGACACAUCAUCGGAUUUAGGGUCUACCCAGAUAUCCAGGAUGGCCUCAUCUCAAGAUCUUUAAUUUAAUGACAUCUACAAAGACCCUUUCCCAACUGAGUUCACAACCAGAGUUUCUGGGUGGACAUGUCUUUUGGUGAUGGUGGUGGUGGGGGCCGCAUUCAGUCCACUACACCAUCAGGGAAUGUGCGUGAUUAAAAUACUUCCACCUCCCUGUCCUUGCUGGCAGGGGAGGCCACGCUCUCUUGGCCAGCAAGAGACAUCAUUGAGUGUGAGUCCUGGGGAAGAUUUCAGAAAGGAAUGGUUUCAUUUAGCCAGAUCCCUCUCCUUCCCUGGUGGCUCGGACAGUGAAGAAUCUGCCCACAAUGUGGGAGACCCAGCUUCAAUCCCUGGGUCAGGAAGAUCCCCUGGAGAAGGGAAUGGCUACCUACUCCAGUAUUCUUGCCUGGAGAAUUCCAUGAACAGAGGAGUCUGGCGGACUAUAGUCCACAGGGUCACAAAGAGUCUUCAGACACGACUGAGUGACUAACACUUUCACUUUCUCUCCUUGCCUUUUGUACAAGCGGGCACCAUAUCUGGUGCUAGAGGAGGCGUUCUGUGACCAUGAGGGCGAAAGCCACAGUCUAGAGUGUGGGGGACUUCCCUAGUGGUCCAGUGGUUAGGACUUUGAGCUUCCAAUACAGGGCUGAGGGUUUGAUCCCUGGUCAGGGAACUAAGAUCCCACAGCUGUAUGGUGCUGCCAAAUUAAACAUAUAAAAAUAAUAGAUUAAAAAAGAAGAGACUGUGGCCAGAGCUACAACCAUCCUGGUUCCCCAGUUGGUAUCCUUGUGUGGGUGUACCAGCCCUGGGUUGUUUGUUUCUGGACAUCUUGUUUACAUGAAAAUGAUGCACU